GGACUCUAGGGGUUUAUUCUCUCUCUCAUCAUAUCUAAAACCCUUUCUUCCAUUCCCAGGAAUUGGAUUUUGUCUCCAUCGUCAUUGUAAUUCUUCUUUCGAUAAUAAGGGGUUAAAUUCUCGCCAUGUCUGAGAAAUUCAAGAAGCAGAAAAAGUGCUACUUCAGUGACGAAGACGUUUCAAUCCUUUUACAGAGAUACACCCCAAGAACUGUGCUGGCGUUGUUGCAAGAGGUGGCACAAGUGAGGGAAGUGAAUAUUGAUUGGAAUGCUUUAGUGAAGAAGACCAAAACUGGGAUCACGAAUGCCAGGGAGUACCAACUGCUAUGGCGUCAUUUGGCUUACCGGCAACCGUUGGUCAAUGGUUUACUUGAUGGCGCUCAACCUGUGGAUGACGACAGUGAUUUGGAGUAUGAAUUGGAGUCUUAUCCAGCAGUUAGCAGUGAAGCAUCAGCGGAAGCUGCAGCAUUUGUGAAGGUAUUGAUUGCUUCUGGGACACUAAACGAUUCUCACCUGCCAAAUGGCAUGACUGUUGAGGCUCCGUUGGCUAUAAGUAUACCUAAUGGCCAAAGAUCUCUGAAUUUUGUUGAUGCUUCACAACAAAGUAUACCCAUUCAAGGGUCAAAUAUUAUAGUUUCAGUUUCUGUGCCAAAAACUCCACUGCCCACUGUAAUGUUAACCAAAGGAUUAGAUGACAAUGGUGCAUCAGGUGCAAACUUACCUCAACGAAAAAGAAAACUCUGGUCUGAAACAGAGGAUAUGGAUCUUAUUGCUGCUGUGAAAAGACAUGGUGAAGGAAACUGGGCAAACAUGGCGAAGAGAGAUUUUAAUGGUUACAAAACUGCUUCACAACUAUCUAAGAGGUGGGCAACUAUUAAGAAGCAACAAGGUUCCUUGAAUGGGAAUACAUCAAAACUCUCAGAAAUUCAUUUGGCUGAUCAGGCAGUGUCCCUGGCUCUUGAUGUGCCUAUGAGGGAGAAUCCAAAAGCAGCUCGCUCAAGCAUUCCCGAGUGCAAAAUUGCAAAUGCUGCAUCAAACUCUAAUGCAUCAAGUGUGGUGGCAGCACCAAAGAUUGGCACUCCGCACACUGGUACCAUCAAAAUCACUAGUCUCAAAAAAGAAUAUACAGAGUCAACAACUAUACGCAGAGAUCCAUUGAUCAAAGCAGCUUCAGCUGUUGCUGGUGCCUGCAUUGUUUCCCCUUCAAAUGGUGCAUCACUGCUUAAGACUGCAUAGUCUAAGAGUGCUUUCAAUUUCAUGACUGGCAGAGGUCAUGUAAAUAAACCAUCUUAUCUGCCAAUCCAAAUGCAUUACUGAUUAAUGUCCACUUUGUUCAUAAUAACCUACCAUUUCAUUUCAAUGACCCUAUGUCACAGUUCAUGAAAUGAACCUCGACAGGUACAUCAUCAUUCUGUAAAUUCAGUGUCACCUAACCUAGUUGGUGCGGCGUCCGAUCCAAAAUCUUGAAACUAAUGUGAUCCCAUGUAACUGAACACAAAUCUAGCUGCUGAGCUUGGCAUAGAAACAGUGGAAUAUAAAGCAGCUCUUACUGGCUUGGUAAUUGUGUUAGAAAAAAGAUAGCCCAGCAAAUUGAGCUAGUUGCCCGGAUGUUUCUUUCAAAAGGGAUUCAAUUGCUGCUUUUACAGGAAAUUCACUGUUGGAGCAUGCUUCCUAGUUCCUAUUAAGGAUCUGGAAUAGAAGUGAAUAUGACAUGUGAGAUCCUUCAAUGUUCAAGGCCAUAAAUCCAGCUAUUCAUGAAGAACAGAGGGCCAAAUUUGAUAUUCCCUUCAAUAAUGGCUACCACUCUAACAAAGAUUUUCACGGAAGACAAAUAAAGCCACAACUGAUAUACCUCGCUAUGAUGAACCAUGCUGGGGUCAAGGGUAGAGCCAAAAAUAAAAACAGCAAAUGCUCGUAGAGCAAAUCACAAAUGGUGAGCUGAAAGAUGUACCAAAUUUGAUUGUUUAUUUGAGGAGUAGAUGAAUUUUUAGUUUUGGACAUAAAGUCUGCCUAUUUUUUCUUGUUAACCCCAUCCACCCAACCUACUCCAAAUAUUGUCAAGCAUAUUCUAUCAGUUUUUGUUUGUACAUGAUGUAUAUGGUGUCUACAAUUUCUAGAUACACAAAACUUUGAAUAGUUUCCUUUUU